GAUGUCGCGUUCUUUAACUCUACACUAGGCCAAGACUUCUCUACAACUGGAUGCCUUGCAACUUGUUCCACAAUAGAUGACGUGCUUAAGCAUAACGGCUCGUGUUCGGGUCUUGGUUGUUGCCAAACACCCAUUCCAAAUGGAUUGAAAACUUUCACACUUGGCUUAGAGAGUCCUUUCAAACAUAGAAGCGUCAUGAAAUUCAAUCCAUGUGGUUAUGCUUUUUUAGCUGACAAAGAUAAGUACACCUUCAAUGUUGCUGACCUUUCAGAUCCAACAUUCCUGAGUAGGAUCAACAACAAUUUACCUGUAGUCCUCGAUUGGGUUGUUGGAGCCAACGAGACAUGUCGUUCAGCUCAAAAGAACUCGACUUCUUACGCUUGCCAAAACAAUACUAACUGCACCGAUUUUGAUAUUGGUUCGGGAGGAUACAGAUGUAGUUGUCUUCGUGGUUACGAGGGUAACCCUUACCUUCCUCCUGGAUGUACAGGUUUAGUUCUUUUUCGGCACUAACAAUUAUUCUGCAAUCUAUAUAUUUACACAAAACAAUUGAUUGCCUUGAGUUUUACUUUUUUUUUUUUUGGUAAACAAGGCCAUUCAUUCAUUAGCUAAUACUGUUAAACAUAUUACAAUCCGCGAGAAGUUGUUCCGAAUUUACUUUGAAAGAUUCAUAUUGUUACAUAUUUAGAUUUUUUAUUUUGCAGAUAUUGAUGAGUGUGCAGAUCCUAGCCAUCUUUGCUCUAAUUUAUGCGCUAACACGCGUGGCAGCUAUAUAUGCAGUUGUCCUAAAGGAUAUAAUGGCGACGGUCUGAAAAAUGGCACAGGCUGUACUAUCAAUUCCCAAUUCGUUACGGGGUUGAGUCUAGGUAAUUACAUAUCUUGAAUAAAUAUGAUUCCAUAUUUAAUUUACUAAAAGUGAAUGAUAAUCAAGCUGGAGCUUUUCCAAUCCAUUAGGACUCGGGUUAACUUACAAAAAAACGUUAUUUCAUUGAACCGAAAGUCAUAUUAGCCCCAUCAUGAUCUUGCUUCAUUACUCGGUUAUUGGUCGGAGACAUAAUUUAUUAGCUUCAAUUCAUAGUACUAAGUUUGAAAUAUGAAGAAAAAUUUGUAAAAAAAAAAAACUUUUUACAAGUUCAUUUUUGCGAAAAAAAAAUCUUAUAAAGCAUUUUUAACGAAAACAAAAUCAAAAAGUUAAUUAUUUUUGCAAGAUGAAACCUCUAACAAUAUUCCAGUGUUGACCCUUAUCUUUAUGGCGUUGACCCUAGCAAUUUUCCUUCUUCCUCCAUAAUCACCGCCUAGCCACCACUACUAACUCCUGUCGCCUGCCCCCACCCACCCCUGCAGCCCCCACUUCACCACAACCCCCACCAGGCCACCUACACCCCAUCCCCACCAGCAACUACGCCACCUAGAAUCCCCCUCUGCAACCCCCUCCCCCCGCAGCUCCCCCCUCCGCAACCCAGAAAAUCUGAACCUAACACCAUCACAUGACCAUAACACCAUGAAACCCCCACCACCGGCCACCACGAAACCCACUACCACCACAACUGAAACAGAAACUACCAAAAAUCAAAGAACGAAAACUAUCGAAAAUCGAAGAACAAAAACCACAAAUCAGAUUCAAAUCGAAAAUCUCAAACAUAGCAAAAUUUGCAAAAUAAAAUACCUCAAAAACCUUUGCUCAACCGAAAACCACAAAUGAGCAGAUCUCGAACUUAAAAACUAUAAAAUCGAAUUUUUGGGUUUGAUACUUUGAGAGUCAAACCUUAAGAUUCGAUUAUUUGGUUUAAAACUUUGAGAUUCAAGCUAAAAUUUCCAAAAAUAAGUGUUCGAAGUUGAGAUUCAAACAAAAAUAAACCCAAAAAGUAGAAGGAAGAGGGAGGUAAAUCAGGAAGGGAUGGGGCUCAGAGUUUGAAGCAGCAGCACAUAGGAGGAGGAGGAGAGGUGCGAGAAAAGAAAGUGGAAACCAUGGGAAGUGAGAGAGAGAAUGAGUGAGGAAAAUAGGGAGAAGGGUGGCUAGUGUGGUGGGGGGACUGGCGGCAGGUGUUGGUAGUGGUGGCUAAGGAUCAACAUCGGAAAAUGGUCUCAGGUUUGAGCUUCGUUUUCUUGUUUGUGCUGAUGUUAUUAAGUUGGAUAUAUCUGACUAUUCGAAGAAAGAAGCUCAAAGAAAAGAGGGAGAAAUUUUUUGGGCAAAAUGGAGGAUUACUAUUGAAAGAACUACUUCCUCAAAAUGGGGGAACAAUAGAGUCAUCCAAAAUCUUUUCUGCAAAAGAGUUAAGAAUAGCAACCAAAAAUUACAGUGAUGAUUUUAUCUUAGGUAGAGGUGGUUUUGGAAUGGUAUACAAGGGGAUUUUGAAGGAUGGUAGUGAAGUUGCGAUAAAAAAAUCCAAAGUAGAUGAUCAAGAUGAAAAUCAAAUUAAGCAAUUCAUAAAUGAAGUAGUUAUCUUAACUCAAAUUAAGCAUCGAAACGUUGUUAAACUCAUAGGAUGUUGUCUUGAAACUGAAAUUCCCCUGCUAGUAUACGAGUUUAUUUCCAAUGGCACUCUGUCUGAACAUAUCCACAAAGGAAGCGCGUCUUGGCUUACUUGGGAAAAUUGCGUGAGAGUAGCUGCAGAGGCUGCUGAUGCAUUGGCAUAUCUUCAUUCAGCAGUUUCAACACCCAUACUUCAUAGAGACGUGAAAACAGCAAACAUCCUAAUCGACGAGAGUUACACUGUGAAGAUAGCCGACUUUGGUGCCUCAAGGCCAGCACCGGUUGCCAAAAUUCAAGCAGCUACAAAGCUUCUAGGGACACGCGGAUAUAUAGAUCCGGAGUGCUAUCAAAUAGGCCAACUAACUGAUAAAAGCGAUGUUUAUAGUUUUGGAGUUGUUCUUGCGGAGAUUUUGACUAAGGAAAAAGCAGUGAUUUCGGAAAGAAAAAUGGGAGAGGAUUAUUUCAAUUUUUUGGGUGGGUAUUUUGUGAAGUCUAUCAAAAAGGGUUGCUUAAUGGAAAUCCUUGAUCCUCAAUUAGUGAAGGAAGCGAGCGAAGAAAAGCUAGUUAGUGUGGCUAACCUUGUGAAGAGAUGUCUAAAUCUUAAGGGUGAAAGUAGGCCUACAAUGAGGGAAGUAGCUCUUGAGUUGGAGAGUUUGAAGAACCACAAUAAGCAUCCUUGGGCUAAUUGCGAAAACAAUGAGGAAACUUCUGACUUAGUUGUUCAACAGGAUGAUCUUUAUUCUGUGCCCUCAGAUAAUUCUUAUACAAAUUCAUAUGCAAGUAAUACAGGACUUUCAUCUCGGUACUCGGGGCAAAAUGAAUCAUCCUCCACCAUGAUUGAUCCUCGCUAGAAGAUAGGUCAUAGGCUUAUAAUGAGGGGUGUUUCAUGUUUGUGGAGUAUAUAAUUGGCAGGAGUUGUUAAUUACUAUUCGCAAAGCUGUGUACUUUCUUGUUAUCAAUGUUGCUGAAAUGGUUGUUGAUGUUUAUUGUUGCUCUUGCUCUUAAAUUCAUACUUACUAUUAAUGAUUUUUAAAA